AUAAAGCGAAGCAACUCUUUGGGAAAGAGUGGACAUGCACGAGAGAGGAUCUCGAUGUUUUCAGAAGUGCGAGCAACAUCCGGGCAUCUGGGACUGUCGAGCUGAGGCGCCACUUGCGACCCUGCUUGUUGGGGACCGCAGCCAUGCUGAAGUGCGGGAUGAGCGGCGGUCGGGUGAAAGUAUUUGGGAAAGCAAUCCAAGCUCUAUCACGAGUUAGUGACGAGGUGUGGCUAGACCCAUCUGAAAAAGGACUUGCUCUGAGAUCUGUGAAUUCUUGUCGGUCAGCAUAUGGAUGUGUCCUCUUCUCUCCUGUGUUUUUUCAAUAUUAUCAAUGGUCAACCUCAGUGAAGAAGAAUGAUAAGGACACAAUGUCCAACUUAAAUUGCAAACUGGGAAUGAAGUCAAUUCUGCCUAUCUUUAGAUGUCUGAAUUCCCUUGAAAGAAAUGUAGAAAAGUGCAAAAUAUUCACCAGACCUGAAAAGUGCAAAGUCAUUUUUCAAUUCUUCUGCAGACAUGGUAUUAAAAGAACUCAUAAUGUGUUUUUUCAAGAAAGUCAGCCCUUGCAAGUUAUUUUUGAUAAAAAUAUGUGUUCUAAUACACUAAUGAUUCAACCAAGAGUGCUUGCUGAAGCAGCUGUUCUUUUUACAUCAAGUCAAGAAGUUACUCUUGCUGUUACUCCACUGAAUGUUUGCCUUAAGAGUUCUAAUGAGGAAUCAAUGGAUUUGGCCAAUUCUGUGUACAGUGAGAUGUUUGUCGGCCCAGAUGAGUUUGAUUUAUUUCAAAUUAGAGUUGAUACUGAAAUAACAUUUUGCUUCAAAGAAUUAAAGGUAAACAAAAAUGUGUCAAAUCAAAAAUUUCACUGGUAUAUUUUUAUGAGGAUUUCAAUUUUUGUUUUUUCCUUCCAGGGAAUGCUGACAUUUUCAGAAGCUACACAUGCUCCUGUAUCUAUUCAUUUUGAUUUUCCUGGGAAACCAAUGUCUUUAAGUAUUGAUGAUAUGUUACUGGAAGCUAACUUUAUUUUGGCUACAUUAGCUGAUGAGCCAAGUAGAGCAUCUUCUCCACAAUCACUGUGUCUUUCACAAAAACGAAAAAGGUCAGAUCUGGUCUGUUCAAAUUCAAGGACUGGUAAAAAUGCAACCAGCAAGGUCCCGGAAUCUAUCUCAAGAAAAGUGGCAUCAAAAAGCCUUUAUCCUAAUGAGACGCUCAGAAACAUUUCCACACUGGAAAGCUGUGGCAGCCCUAUAACAAAGAAAACAAAUGGAGACGUUACUGAAGUACCAGAAAGCAGUGUCAGCGACACAGAGGAAGUGCCAGGGUCUCCGUAUCACAGGAAGUUUUCUUGCAUGUUUUUUGGAGCAGUUUCUAAUGAUCAGCAAGAACACAUCAACUACCCUUUCAACAGUCUGGCAACAGCAAGUGACAGUGAAGAGGACACGAAUGACAGCUUUCCAACAUUCUAACACUGAAUGAUGGCUGAGUCGGCCCCACCCCAUUUACUGGCUCACCUGCACCUCAAACUGUUUUCACACUUGGUCUGUAUUAUCUUGGACUUCCCUGAAAUAGAAGAGGGGCUUUUGCUUUUCUAAACAUUAGCUCAUACAACAACUGUAUCUAGAAAUAGCUGCUUGUCAAGUGUAUAUAAUUUGCUUUAAAUCCAUUAUGUUACUUGGGAGGCAGAAUUUUGUGUGCAGGGAUAAAGCUCAUUAGAAUCAUUCAGUUCAAUCACAUUCACACUACACCUUUUAACAUUUUCUUUACCAGUUUUACAAAGGUGUUUACUUUCUUCAGCAGCCAUUUGGAGUGCAUCAAUAUGGCUUGUAUAGUUUGGUGACUAGUAGUCAGGUAGCUUUUGUACUCAACUGCAAACAUUUAGUUUUGGUACUUUCAGAUAUGGUAAAAAAUUAUGCAAUCUUUCCUCAUGUAAUGCAAUGACUUUUCUAGUCUGUUGCUUUUUAUAUCUUAACAUUUUAAGUAAAAUAACCUCUGGGAAAAAAGCCGAGAAAAAAAAUACAUAGCUACCCCUUUCACUUUGGAAUCACUUUAUAUGUUGUAAAAUUCUCUUAUAGCCUUACAUUGUUCUGCUUCUCAGAUAUGAUUUAAUUUUACAAUGUGAUGUAGUCAAGAAUUUAAUAGAAACAAUGCCAGAAAAUUUCUCUUAUCUGCUGUAGAGCAGCAGCAACCUCCACUCACAACAGCCUGGAGUUGGAAUCGAAUGAGGUGGACAAUGAAUCUUUCUCUGUUCUUUCCUUCUUUAAGAAUUAGCUUUAUACCUGCACAGACUAAAAAAAUCUGGCACAAAAACAGUUAUGUAGUAUCUUGUGAUACAUGCCUUUCUUUCCUGUGAACCUGUUUAUAGUCAAUUAUAACCUGACAAACUAGACUUCUUUAACAUCUUACUGUUAAGUCUUUGUGAAACUAUCAAAUCACAAGGAAAUAUUAACUGGCAAGCAACUAUUGUGAGGAAUUCAUGCACAGAAGUGCCUGAGUGGAUCAGUAAACUUCAGAACUGUGAACAGAACUCUAAAACCAAAAUGAAUUUGGCUCUUGUAGCUUAGUAAUGAGUCAGAGCUACCCACAAUAACCUAAUAAAAACUCACGAGCAUCCCAAAAUGUUCCUCAGUGAAUGAAAAUGGGCUUUCACCAAGCUUUGUGUGAAAACUGGCAGUGCCCACAUAGUUUCAAGAUGUCCUUUCACACUCUGGGCUAAAGAAUUAUAUACCUUAUGCUUACAUUAGUGAUUAACACUGAAUUUCACAUAUUGCUAACAAAUGCAGAUAACUACACAGAGAACAUUUAUACACUGAUUGCAGGUCUCUUUGCCAAAGAUAAAAUUUCUGGUUCAUUCAUCAAAAUGAUCAGGAGCAUUUAGGCUAUGAAGGCAUCAUUAAUUGCCUGGAUGAAGGUAGCAUUGGUCUGUAAAAAAAAAUAGUUAAAUUGUAUAUACUUCGCAUUUCAGAAUUUGGCACCAGAUUUUUUUGUGGCUUCACUCCAAACCAUUUGGAAGAUGCAAAACACUCCACCAGGAAAACAUCUAUAUUUUAAAUUCAAUUAUCAGUCCAUUUUGACAACUCUUUGAGAAGUUAAAAUGAUGUAGUAACCCAGCUGGUAAAAAAGAGCUAAGGUGGAUAAACUAGCGAAAGACAGGAAAUGAUAGCUACAAAGUAUGGAGUCACUGCUAGACUAAGAGGCUUGGAAAUGAGGACUUGGUAGAGACCUACAAACUCAAUGUCAAGGGCUAGUGUCUUAUUUAGUUACUAUUCAAAUUAUAAGGACUGCACAGAUUAGUAUAAAUACUAUAUUUAUUAAAUAUCUUUACAGUUUAUUUAAAUGUAUUUACAGAACUAUUCCUGCAUAAGUUAUAUUUCAGACAUCCAAUUCAGGUCACUGACUCUUGGGUAAGAUAAAUGAUGAUAGUCUCAACAGAAAAAAGAGGCUCAUUAGUAUAUACAAAUUCAAAAUUGCUUCAUUAUUUAACCAUCUUUGCCACAAACUACCUGCUAAUAAAAUUUUGACAUGGACACUGUCAAUUUUUAGUUGAGAGGUUCAAUUUUGCAAAGAAAUUCACAUUUUUUUAAACAAAUAGAAUCCAAAUGCUUUCUGCUUUAUAUUUUUGGUUUUCUAAGAUUUUAAUUUUUUGAUACUGUAAAAUUUGCUAAAUGCAAAAAUGUGACACAGUUUCCAGGGAAAUUGGAUGCUGUAGGUUCUACCAAAGAUAGCUGGUAUAAGGUGACAAGGAACCACAAACUUUUCAAAAGUACAAACAUUUACAGUUCUAGCCAAUCUUGUUUACAAUCUCCAAAAUGCUAAAAAAACUGACAUAGUAAAUUCCCACAACUCCUGCCUUGUUACUUGAUGUGGUUUAGUAGGUUGGUGGUACUGAAGGCUACUGUCUGUCUAGAACAGAGUCAGCCAAUAGGAGAGGACACUCUCUCAUCACGCACGCAAAACCUGAAAUCUAGCUUCUAAUCUAGACACAGCCCAACUCCCGGACAUGCAACCUUGGAAUGGAUUUUUUUGUGAUUUAGUACCCAUCAACCAUGUCAAGCCAGUACAGUAAUUCAGAACAACAUCCCCCCCACCCUCAAUUUCUUCUUUCAGUUUUGUAAGAGCCUAUGGGCUCUACUGCAUACCAUUCAGUAAAUUUUUGUGCGCAGGCAGCUUUAAGUACACAGGAAGAAAUAAGGUUCUGAUAUGUUUAGAGUGCACAUUUUAAAACAGAACAAAAUAAAAACUUCAAGCAUAUGAUAAAAAUAUUCACUUUUAUAAUACAGUAUUGCUUUAUAAAUAUAGAUGGAAAAGCUAUAAACUUUACCGGUCUUUGGUGCAUCCAGAGAGGGAUAAUUUGCCAUUUGUAAAUUAAAAGUCCAAAUUUUCUUUUGUUAUAAAAGUCCAUUACAUGAGGCAAAUGUGUGUGUGUUUUAUACUAUUUGAAUUAAAAUAACACACACAUCAAGUUCAGAAUUAGACCCACGUAUAUCUUAGUCACACCCAUGAAGACUUGGGUCUCGUGACCUGGAAAAUUCCAGUAUGGGUCUAACACAGCCUCUGACCCACUGAGAGUAGCAGAGUUACUUGUUAAACAGCACUACAACUAAACUCAGGUGGUCAUAAAAUUAAUGCGUAACACAAAAAAGGGAAAAA